CCCGCCCGAGCCCGCGCGGAGCCGGAGCCGCAGCCAGAGCGCGGGCAGCGCGGAGCGGGCGGCGGGAAGGCAGCGGAAUCCGGCGGCCCGCCGCCCCCGAUAGGACCGGGACUCGCACACCCGCCGGGCCGGGACCGCGCGCAGGAGAGGACCCACCGCCCGGCCCGGGGGUGGGGUCAGUCCCAGGGCGCCAACUGGCCGGCUCGAGUCCGAGGUGAGCCUGCGAAGAGUACGCGCCCACCGGAGACGAGGCCCCGCGAGGCCCAGACCGAACCCCGGCCCAGGGCCUGGGGUCCUCGCGGGAAGCUGACGACAGAGGCGGUGUCCUCCAGGAGCCAGCGGCAGGGCGGCGAGGUGGGCGCGAUCCCAGCGGGCGCGGACCAGCGGGCCCGGAGCGCGGCGGGACGGAGCCGCAGCGCGCCGCCAUGCGCCGGGUGCUGUAGCCGAAGGCGCGGGCCCGAUGGAGCGGGCCGGUGCGCCGAGGCUGCGCGGCCGCCGCGGGCAGCCGGGGCUCGGGCUCGGGCUCGGGCUCGGGCUGGCGCUGCUGCUGGCGCGGCCGCCGUCGGGCCGCGCGGGGGCCCCCGAGGCGCAGGAGCCGGCGGCUCCCGGCACAGCAGCCCCAGCCGGGGGCGACCGCUGCCGCGGCUACUACGACGUGAUGGGUCAGUGGGACCCGCCCUUCAACUGCAGCUCGGGCGCCUACAACUUCUGCUGCGGCACGUGCGGCUACCGCUUCUGCUGCCACGACGGGCCGCGGCGCCUGGACCAGAGCCGCUGCUCCAACUACGACACGCCGGCCUGGGUGCAGACUGGCCGGCCGCCCGCGCGCGCCCGCGACGCCGCCGCACCCCGGGACCCGGGCCGCGAACGCAGCCACACGGCCGUCUACGCGGUGUGCGGCGUCGCCGCGCUGCUGGUGCUAGCCGGCAUCGGGGCGCGCCUGGGCCUGGAGAGGGCGCACAGCCCGCGCGCGCGGCGCGCCGUGACCAGGACACUGACGGAACUCCUGAAGCAGCCCAGCCCCCAGGAGCCACUGCCUCCACCUCUGGGCCCACCUCUGGGUAGCUGUGUCCAGGUGCAGAUGGGUGAUGGCCUUCCCCGGGGCUCCCCCCACAACAGCACAGACAAGAAACGCCCCAACAACGUGCCCCUGGGUUCGGUGACUGCGGGGCCCCCGCGCGCCCCGCGGCUGCAGGGCGGCGGCAACGUGACGCUGCAGCCCGACUUCGCUAAGUACGCCACCCUCAAGGCAGCCGGGCUCAAGGCCGCAGAGGCCUCGGCUCCGGACUUCUACCAGCGUUUUCCUGCCACGGAACCCGCCCCGCUGACCCUCCCGUCGCGAGCCCGGAGGCCCCCCGAGGACUUGCCUGAGCUGCUCGACGCCUGCCCCUGGGCCCCCCCGGGCUACCCGCCCCCCGCCGGCUCCACCCCAUCGGGCCACUACAAGGCCUGGACCGCCGGCCGCCCCGUCCGGCCCGCAGCCCGCGGCCACCUGGAGGUUCACGCCUCUCCCGCGCCGCGACGGCCGGGCCACGCGCCCCGGAGCCAGUUCAGCGUGGAGAAGCUGCCCGAGGCCUUCAGCCCGCAGGCCCCUGGCCUUUACGGCAGCGCCGGCCGCGGAACCCGGCACCUGAGCACCAACAGCAAAGCUGAGGUCACCGUAUGAAGAAGGGGCUGCCGAUUCUCUCGAGGCGUUGCAACGCCGGGAGCCCUCUUCUGCCAGGGGGACUUGCCAGAGGCCUGACCGGGCGGGGGGUGCCCAGGCCGCGGAAGGAGGGGUGCCAGCCUUGAAGUCCAGCCCUUCUGCCUGCCCAGACUGGACCAGGAGGA